AUGUGUGGGCUGACUAAUGACGAUGGUAACCAAGGUAAUUGGGAACGUAACCAUGGUAACACCGGAACAUCGGGCACAGGGCCUUCGAGGGACCAUACUCUAGGAAGUCUAGAUGGCUCCUAUAUGUACGCUGAUUUUCUGAAUCCUCAGGGAAAUAAAAAAGCCGAGAUCAUGAUUUCCAAUCUGCUGAAAACUGAUGUUAACGGAAGAUGCAUGCAGUUUUGGUAUUUCACAUCGGGGAUUUCAAUUGGUACGCUGAAUAUUUAUGUAGAUUACGGUUCCAUGCCUCCUGGUAAACAGCUUUAUUGGACUACGGGUGGAUCCCCCACCGGGGAAUGGAGAAAGGCAUCUAUACCUGUUGUCAGCCCUGUUGUACAUACGGUGAGAGUGGAAGCAGUGGCGGAAAAGACCACCUCUGGCAUAGUUGUUAUAGAUGAUAUCAGGUUUACUACUGGCUGGUGUCACGUUCAUCCGUCGUUUGCCGAGGCCCCGUCAGUUUCUCUUCCACCACCAACGCCAGACCCAGCAGAGCUGGGACAGAAUUACUGUGAUUUCGAGAACGAUCUGUGUAAUUGGUCUCAAAAUGUGAAGAAUGAUGACUUUGACUGGGAGCGUGUCAAUGCAUCCAGUGUCAGCAACGGACCUUCUACAGACCACACAUAUCAAAGAGAUGGACAAGGUGCGUAUCUCUAUAUAGGCACCUCUUCUUCUUCGCUCGGGAUGGCAAGUCUUGAGAGUCGCAUGAUGGGUGCAACUAACCAAUCAUGUAUUGUGUUUUGGUAUCACAUGUACGGCACCAACGUACCUCGGCUCAACGUGUACGUGAGAAAUAAAACUAACCAAGCGCUGCCGCAACCGAUAUGGACUCGCAGUGAUGGUGAUUUAAACAAGUGGAAAUACGCCAGUAUUGACCUGAAAAGCGCAAAUGGAUUCCAGAUUAUCAUAUCUGGAAGCAGGCUCAACAGCAGUCGUGGUUUCAUUGCUCUUGACGAUGUACGUGUAAUGGACGGUCUCUGCCCACUGCCACAGUAUCAUUCACAGAGCUGUGAUUUCGAAGCAAAUAAUUGGUGUGAUUGGGAGAACGGCCAAGACAAUGACGUCAGCUGGGAAAGGGGCAGUGGUUCAACAGUGGCUUAUUCCAUUGCACCGUCUACGGAUCACACUACAAGAACGAAAGCAGGUCAUUACCUGUAUUUAGAUAAUAGCAAACAAACAGAAGGGGAUGUCUCGUAUUUGACAUCGGCUAAUCUACGAUGGCGGGGAUCGUCGUUAAAAAAAUGUCUCAAUAUGUACUUGUAUUUUCUUGGUAACACUGGUGUAUACUCGAGUUACAUCGAGCUUACCUACGAUGGGAGUACGUACCAAAUAUUGGUGGAUGGUCCGGUUCAUCUCGACCUCGGUGAUACCUGGGUUAUAGCUGGUGUCCAAUAUUCGUUCUACGAGUUCCCGGGAGGGUCAGUUCGAUUUGCUAUCAAAAUAGAAGCCGGUGCAAGCUCCACUGCCAGAACAAUUGUUGCAGUUGACGAUGCAUAUGUUACAGAUGGACCGUGUCGAUAUAAUACUCACGUAGACUUCGAGUACGGAUUCGGGUUCUUCUUCAAUGUUUACGAUAAGGAAGCAGACGAUUUCGAAUGGAUCCUCGGAAAUGGUCAUAACAAAUUUGGAUUAACUGGGCCUACAGUGGACCAUACAUUUGGUAGAACCGAAGGUUCGUAUGCAUUGUUUGAUGUCUCCGGUGGGUCAUCCGGGCAGAAAGCCCGAUUGGAAGCCAGGCCUUUCUUGAAAGCGAGAUGUGUGGAAUUCUGGUACCACAUGUACGGAAAUCAUAUAGGAAAUCUCAGUGUAUAUAUACAGAAUGACGGCCGUGCUCCCGAGAUAUUGAUAUGGAGUCUCGCGGGACAACAGAAUGAAGCGAACGAGUGGAAGCAAGGACGGUUCGGAUACAUGGAUGGGCAGAGAUUUAUUCGAGCUAUCACAAUCGAAGCGACCCGUGGUGAUGGAGUCAGAGGCGACAUUGCCAUAGAUGACGUCGCUAUUGAGGAAGAGUAUUGUGAGGGCGUAAUUCCAACUGAAGCGGGUCAAGGUAGAUCAAAGCCAUCGGUCGCUGAGAAUGCUGAAUCGGACAAUGUCACUGGCAUCGUCGUCGGCGUCACUGUCGCUAUCGUAAUCAUAGCCGUUGUCCUGGGCAUCAGUGUUAUCGUGUACAAAAAUAGAGAUAGUCCAAAGCUGAGCAGAGCAAUUACAUCAGUCACUGGUCAUGUGAGAUUCAAUCGCAACGAUGAAGACAAUGUAAAGCUAGAAGAAAUAGUACUGGAGUCAACAUCAACAUAUCCGGAGUCGGAGCCGGAGCCGGAACCGGAACCGGAACCAACAUAA